GCUGCAUUUUUGUAGUAAAUCUGCUGUCAGUAACUGUACUAGCAGUUCCUAAUUGAUAUCAGCUGUACAAUAUCUUUCAUGUCGUGACGAUAAACUUUUCUUCAUUUAUUCCUGCAUUUUGGUUAUGUUUCUUUCUUUGCAUAUCNUCACUACAUAUUUCACUCAUAUUAGGGACACAGCUGAGUGGAAUCUGCUGCGAAGUGCUGAUUAGAACUGCGUGGCAUAUUGCUGGCAUACUGCUAUCAUUUGGCUAUCUGGAUUGUAUAAAGUUUGCAGGUAGAAUCAUGAGUCAAGAUAAAAAUCGUGUCAAACUGAGUGAAGUAAGUGACAAGUUCACAGAAAAAACACUGAUGGACAUCCUCUGUAAAGCAAACAAUGGGAAACAAGUGCAGCUUACAGAUUGGAGUUUUGGCGAUGGGUUUACCAAAGGUGACAAUUACUUGUCAACUGUUAAGAGAUGCACAGUAUACGGUGUCGUGGACGGUGAUCCGAAGCAAAAUGUGCAAGUGAAUUUCGUUGUCAAGUCCAUCCCGAAAAACGUCGGCAGAAGAAAAACUUUCAAAAGUGCGGAAUUCUUCAGCCAAGAAAUUGCGUUUUAUACACAAGUGGUUCCUAAAUUUGAGAAGUUUUUGGCUGAACGAGGACAAAGCGAUUUGUUGCGCAUACCACAUUACCUAGUUUCUUACAUGGAUGGCGAGAACGAUUUCAUCGUCUUGGAAGAUGCUUCUCUCUUGGGAUACAAACAAGCAUCUCGCCAGAACUGUAUAGACUUUGUGGAAUGCACUACGCUUCUGAAAACAUUGGCAAACUUUCAUUCAAUUUCAUUUGCAUAUAGAGAUCAGAAGGAAGAAGAGUUUCAACAGAUGGCAGAUUGUAUGGAAGAAAACUUUUAUGUUCCUAGUAACUGGAGCUGGCAUGGAAAGUUGUAUACAAAUCUAAUCAACAUAGCUAGAAACGCAGUAGCAACCGAAUAUCCUAAUAGCGAAACUGACAAACGAUUCAAUACCUACGAACCUCGUGCGAUAUUUGACAUAAUGUGUAAAAUGUGUCAGAAAAAAGAAGCUCCAACGUCUAUGAUAUUGGCAGGUGAUUGUUGGCCUCCAAACUUUUUGAUCCGAGACAUCGGACAGGAUCAAAAGGAAGCGUUGAUGCUCGACUUUCAGUUCUCACGUUGUUCAAGUCCUAUGUGUGACCUUUCCUUCUUGAUUUACUCGUGCACCUCCAAAUCAUUUCGUGAUCAGUAUUACGACGAUGUAUUGAAGAUCUAUUACACCGAAUUAAGCAGUGCUAUUAAAUCCCUUGGAUCGGAUCCAGAGAAAAUUUAUCCUUGGGACUUAUUUAAGAAAGAGGUGAAAGAUCAUUUUAUUUUUGGAUUGGGAGUUUCGCUCGUGACCGUUCCGUUUAGUCUAUUGGAUUCAUCCGAGUCGUUCGAUCUAGAUCUUAUUAAAGGCGAAGAAGUGGUAAAUAUUGCUGACGUAUGGGUAUUACACAAUAUCAAAACAUCAAGUGGAAGACAGAGACUAGCAGAUAUAAUAGUCCAUUGUGUCAAAAAUGGAUACAUGUAACGAUGUGUGUUAAUUUAUGAUCACACACAAUUUGUAAACAUCUGUAUGUAGAAUUACAUAUGUUUAUAUAAAUCUUUGUUAAAUCGACUUAGUAGCUUUUGAACUAAAGGAUUAUGUAAAGUAUCGUUAAAGUCACUUUAUAUUUUCAUUGUACAUUACGUAUGUAUUAUAUACUGUAUCAACCUUUCUUCUUCUCUUCUCAAAUUAGACAUUUUUUCGUUUCCAGCAGUAUAAGAACAGAUCACUUUUCAUGAACCUUUUCGUUGCAAAUACGUGCACUUUAGUAGGAAUUCAUUCUAGACACUUGGCUGCACAAAUCCAGGUCUUCCGCACUUGUAAACACAAGUGACGUCAGCAGCGUUCAGAAUCACGCAGCUGCCUGUGAUUGGCUGUUGCGUGAUAAGAUCGCGCGACGUUUAGCUCGAAUCGAACACACUUGCACUUUAAAGAUUCACAACAAAGUGGCAAAUUCACGGACAGAAAAUAUUAAGAUGAAUGUGUUACUUAAAGAUUGUACUUAAAGAUUUAUAGUGAUAUUAUUAGUGAGGAAAACAAAAGGGAAACAGAAAGCAUCAUUCAAGAGGAACAUAAACAUUACUCUUUCAAUGACAAAUCUAGUGUUUUGAAACACGCUACAAUCUGUAAAGUUGUAUCAGUAAUAUACUUAUAUAUACUUAUACAUAAAUACGCAGUUCAUGUGGCCUUCUUAUCAUUGCGUGUCAUUUUAUAUGACACGCCUCUCUUAUAUGACUUUCCUCUCUACUUUUUCCUUCACGUUAAUUUAUUAAUAAAUAGUUUCUUAGAAACAAUUUCUCAUAGAUUUAUUCUCAUCGUGGUUAAAAAUACCAUUUGCGGUCUAAUGCUAAGUAGAUGUAGCGUUACAACCGAGUGUAAGAUUGCAAAGUUUUUUAAAUGUAAGAAAUAUCUGACGCAUACGUAAGAUGACAUGUCUCAUUAAAAAAGAAAUAAGUAUAUUAUAUAUUUUGUGAUCACACAAAAGCAAUAUUUGAAGUUUUUCUUGCUAAAUCUGCAGUUCUUUCUGCAUGAAAAUUGUGUAUAAAAUAAAAAGGCUUUGAACACACACAUACAAGUAAAUAUUGCGAUAAGAUAUUUAUCAUGAAUUAUAGAGUGCUCUUAUUUUGUGACGUCUAAGAUUUCUGAAAACUUUAUCUGUCCAGCAGAACAGUAUAUAAAGUAAAGCAAUUUCAUCAUUCUCCUAACGUGGACAAAUUGCUUGUAGAACACGUGUGUAUUUUGUUUUUAUUAAGAGGUACUUGAGAUUUCUGUUGAAGAUACAAGUUCAACAACAUAUUUUUAUCGAUACCCUGAUAGGAAACUAUUUCCAAAAGUAUGUGACGAAAUCUUACACUAAAAUUGUAAUUUGCAAUUAUACAGACAUAUUUUA